GAUAAUUAAUACGGUAACGUAAGUGAACUUGGUGACGUCAGGGAGGACCCCGGGGAGAGUUAUCUUUUCUUUUUAACAAUCCUAAAAGACCAUGGAAUUUCGGAUUAACCGGAGAUAUGGUAUUUUGGUUGCAAGAGCCCGACACUUAGUUAGGUCCGGUGCGUUCUCAAUGACCCUUGAAAAACCAAGGGAAAGAUUUAUUCUCACACCUGGUCGUACUCAUAACCGCAGCAGGUCUCCAAGGUGAACAGCCUCUAGUUGAUAGAACAAUGUAGGUAAGGGAAGUCGGCAAAACAGAUCCGUAACUUUGGGAAAAGGAUUGGCUCUAAGGAUUGGGCUUAUUGGGCCUUGGUUAGAAGGUUUGGUGGGGUGCGGGAAGAAGUCUUCGGAUGGAAGCCUGCGUUUCGCCGGGCUGGAUGGCCUUGGCUGUGCUGGGCAACUGGUACGUCCGGUAGGUGAUUAACAAUCAACUUAGAACU